AGCUUAUAGACAAUACUAGGUAGGCAUUUUUCAACAACACGCAACUUUUAACUUUCAACUUUUACAUUUCUAUUUACUCGUCCUUUUUUGCCUUCUUCUUCUGGGAGCUUUAACGAACGACAGACUCUGAGAUGCAAGUCUACACCUGAUCUGAUCAUAUCCAUAUUAAAAUAUCAUCCAGUCGGUAAGCCUCAUCAUGGCGCGCAUAGCACCUAGAACGUCUGUGGCGCCUGAGAGGUUAAAGACUCUACUUCCCUCUUUGAAGCCGACCGUUUACCACGAUCCAAGUGCGAGUAAAGCUCAAACGAACAUCCGUACAAUUGCCUGGAAUCCCCUAGGCACCUAUAUUGCAACUGGUUGCGUAGACAAGACACUACGAGUUUGGAAUGCGGACAAGCCUAAUGUCCGUCAAACAACGGAAUUGAAAGGCCAUACUGCGUCUAUCGAAAAGGUUGCUUUCAAUCCUGUAAAGGAACUCGAGUUGUGCAGUGUGAGUAGCGAUGGUGUGGUCAGGUUUUGGGACGUCAAGACCAAGCAAGUCUUGAACGAAGUUAAAGGUUUAGGAGAAACCUUUACCCUGGCCUGGGCGCCCAAAGGCGAAUGUGUCGUAGUCGGAAACAAGGAUGACAAACUAUUUGUUAUUUCACCUACUCAAAAUACACCGAUUUCAUCACAUCAACAGCCUGUUCAAACGAAUAGCAUCGCAUUUUGCUGGAGCGGAGAGAGGAUAUUUUCUACAACUGGAGAGGGGAAGACGAGAAUCCUCUCAUUCCCGAGUUUCGAGCCUGCUUAUCAGUUCAACUACAAAAAAGGACCGGAGGCCGAGUUUGUAUUAACCGGCCAUACCUCAUCCUGCAUCACUGUCGAGCUACAUCCGUUCAAUCGGUACCUAGCUACAGGUGGAACAGACUCGCUAAUUGCACUCUGGGAAACGACGGAAUGGAACUGCCUUAGAACCGCGACUAAGAUGAGUGGUCCAGUUCGCAGUCUAAGUUUCUCAUGGGACGGUCUCUACAUAGUAGGGGGAAGCGACGAAGGCUCCGGUUUAGAAUUCUUCAAUUCCGAGACAGGAGAACAUCUCUGCACUUACAAGACCACGACACCUUCGCCAGUUGUGGUUUGGGCUCCGAAUCGGUAUGCGCUCGCCUAUGCCGACUCAGGAAAUCUACGAGUAAUAGGCGCAAGCACUGGAGGGAAAUAGGACGAUCUGGACUCUGAUCUAUCACACUCGGAGAUGUGGUCAAAGUCUCUAAAUUGACAAGAAGAAUUAUAAGAAAACGCGGGGUGCUAUGGAGAGGAAACGCUUCUAAGCUAUACGCCUGUCUAUAUCCCACAAUCAGAGGUAUUACAUACCUGAGUACCUAUGUAGGUAUGGGAUGCUUGACGUUGGGCACCGCCUAUCUACUAGGGGGGAGGGGUGGUUGCCGGUGAACUAAUUGGUUGUCAAAUUUGAGGCGGUGCAAAAUAAGGAGAAUGUCCUCGAAAUAUGCGGCCUUUAAGAGACUAGGCUCCGCUGAUUUGCAGAAGCUUCGAUGUUGCUGUACGUAUUUAAGUACCUACCUAUUAAUACCUGAGCUGCUAGGUAAAUACGGAGAAAGAAAGCUUACGGGGCUACUACCUACAUACUAGGUAGUAUGCAUACCUUACCUCAUACCUGCGUGUGUUCGCACAAGUAUCCAGAGGAUGAACUGUUGGUCACCGCCCUUACUAAGUACGAUAUAUCUCGAUACCCACUUUCAGCCCUAAAGCGAGUUUAUGCGUCCUUGAUUUACAUUAGUACGGGAUACUUAGGCCUACUACCUACAG